AUGUUCUUUAAAUCUUGCACAUGCGCACUUUUACUUUCAUUUUCUUUCCGUCAAAAAAGUUGUAAAUAUUUUCUUCGAUGAAUUACAAAACUUAUUUUAAUGUUUAGUUGGUAAUACGACUUCCCUGCUACAUGCUGACUUGUUAUAAUAGUCCAAGUCAGAAGAAAAUGGCAAUUAUCCCGCAAUAUAAGGUCUCUUAGAACAAUCACUGUUUGACACAGUGCACUAACAAAAAUUCUACAGGUGAUGCGUCAGUUCCGGUUCACUUCUGGAUUCCCUGUAUUGUAGUUGCCGAUCAGUUUGUCGGUAUAUUAAAUUUUUAGUCAUUUCUAAUGUUACACAAUGAAAACGGAAACAGACGACACUCAUUCCUGUGGGAUAUGCAAGACUGCUUUAACAACACUUUCAGAUUUCUUAAUCCAUAAGUUACAGCAUAUUGGACAUGGCAAAGGUUUGGGUUGUGAGCUGUGUGGCCUUGGAUACAACCGAGCAUCUCCCCUACAAGAUCACUACAGACGUAAACAUGGCCUGGAAAUAUUUGCUAAACGUCCAUUGGUCAAGACAGCUGCUUCACUGUCGAAAGAAAUGCACAAAGCGACUUCAGCCACAACUGUUUCCUCAUCUGUUUGUUCUUCCACCACAACUACAUCACCAGCAUUAAAACAUUUAUUAUCAACUCCAUUCAUAGGCUCAUGUAGAAAUCCUAGUCUGCCCUUGCUUCCAGAAGACAUUGUUUUUGAGGAGAAGUUGCCGUCUGCGAGCAGAAACUUGCAGUCUGCUAAAGAUAAGUUAACUGCUGCACAGUUCAGUUCGUUGUCGAAUAAAAUAAAACUAACACCAGCCGAGUCAAAAAUUAAGUCUGCAGCAAAUUUGAUUUUGUCUGAAUGUGAAGCAGGGUCUAGUGAUGCAGAUUCUAUGGACAAUGGAAUUGAUUUAGCUUCUCAUGACAGGCAUCUGUCAUCUGCUGAUCCGAACUUACUGUCUGCUGAUGUCACCCAGAUGUUAUCUGCCGACACAAAUCUCACGUCUGCUAUUGUAAAUUUGCCAUCUGCUGAUGUAAAUGUGAUCUCUUCUAGAGUAACUUUGUUAUCUUCCAGUUCGAACACUAAUUUGAAGUCUACCAAUGUAAAUUUGUCUUCUGCAGAUGUAAAUUCUUCAUCUGUCAAUGUCAAUUUGCCGUCUGCUACAACACAUUUGCCUUCUGAUGUUCAUUUGUCAUCGUCUGCUGAAUAUCAUUUAUCAUCAACAGAAGUACCACUACCUGAUGGACAUUCAGAAGAAAACAUAUCCUCUGAAGUGAACCUUUGUGAUGUUGGACCGGCUGAUCUGGUUACCUCUGACGUAAUGUUCAGUGAUCAUUCCGUGGACAUAUCAUCUACAGCUGCACCUUUAACUGAAGAGAACUUGAACACUGUCAUCGAAAAGUCUGUCUUGGAGAGAUCCAAUAAAAUGCCCCCAUCAAAGACAAUUCAUGUUGUGAUCUCCAAGACUGGAGUUGAUGAGAAUUGCACGGAUAAUGAUAAUAGCUGUAGUGCACAGGAGAUGGUGGAAACAGACCCAGAAUGUGAUAGGGCACCAGCACAUCCAGAUGCAGAUAGUUGCCAUGAUAGUGUUCAGAACAAUAUCAAAUAUGAUGGGUCCAAUGAUAUCAUCCAAAAAACAUCCAAGCUUCAAAAUGGAGAAAGCUGUUCUAAGCCAGAUUUUCAUUUUAUUCUUUUAGCUAACCUCGUGAAAGGACGGGUGAUGAGUUACCGUAGAAACCAGUUUAAGUGUCUGCACUGCAGUUACAAGACCACGUGGAUCAAUUCUCUGAUCAAGCAUAUGAAAACGUUUCACGAGGACAUGAUGUCCAUCCACGAACACAUCGAGGUGAAAUCUGUGGACACCAAUCCCGACCGGAGACUGGUGAAAAUGUCCACCUACAAUGCAGAGUUGCGUAACCUGAAGAAAAACUCGAGGAAUAAACGACACAGAGGGGUAGAAAAGCAAGACCGUCUGGGAGAGUUCUCGUGCAAAACGUGUGACAAGACGUUCAACAGACUGCGGUAUUUGAGAAAGCACAUGCAGGUGCACCGCAUUGAGAAGAAACAUCUCUGCGACGAGUGCGGCAAGUCGUUUAAGACGCGAUCAUAUCUCAUAUCGCACCACCGCGUCCACAAGACGAAGGAGUACCGGUGCAGCCAGUGCGACUUCCGGUCGUCAAUCAACGCUGUGAUCCACGCCCACCGUCAGCUCCAUCACGAGGACAGCGUUCUGUGCGACAUCUGCGGCUUCGCAUACAACGACAAAUCCACGCUGAAGAAACACAAGCUCGUGCACGACCCCUCCCGGCCGCAUGCGUGCAGCUUCCCAGGAUGCACCUGGCGAUUCAAGAGCGAGGUCAUGUGUCUGGCCCACGUGAGGGCACACACAUCAGAGGGCAAGUUCCAGUGUUCAUUGUGCAGCUACGUAUUUCGACAGAACCACCAUCUGCAGCGCCACAUCGCCACCGUUCACGGAAUCCGGAAAUCACCCAUGAAGGGUAACCACAAAAAGUCUGAUCAGACUGAGGAGCAGGAGGAGGAAGAAGAAGAAGAUGAUGAUGAUGACGACUCUAGUAGCGUUCGUCUGAUUUUGGAUUAUUCGCAGAUGGACGUGGAUAACUUCCCCUCCGUAUUGCAAAAUGGUCAGCUGGUGAUCGCGACCGACAGUGAGGGCAACACGGUUAAUUACGAAGUGGCAGACAUCACGAUGAAUGUGGCUGUGAUGCCACGGGACGAGGAUGAUCGAAAUCAAACCACAGACGGGCAGGCGGUGCUAAUUCCAAACUACGACUGCGGACAGAUCAUUUUUCAAGGGUCUGAAAUGACGUGAACCCCAACUAAAGCUCUGCUUUUACAUCAGUAUUAAAACAGCAUUUAUGUUAUAUAAUUUCAUAACUUAUGACUCUGGAUAAAUUAUUUCCCUUAUCAGUAACACAACAGUAUUAAUAUAACAUAAUUACAUUACUUUUGACUAGACAAAUAAUGUUCCAUAUGAUCAUGGUCAAAGCAGUAUUUAUAUUGUAAUUGCAUUUUCCUAAUUGUGACUGGAUCAAAAAUGAAUCUGAAAUCACUGCUUUUGUAUGUUUUAAAAUAGUAUUUUUGUAAUUGCACCCAUUAACUCUUCCUAAUUAUGACUCUGGACAAAUAUAUUUUCAAGUAUUUGGAGUAACAUAAAUUUGAAUCCUUAUCUGAAUAAUAUUUAUUAAUAUAAUAUAGCCAGUAACUGUGCUUUCCAUAUUACUCGGGACAAAUUAUUUUCCAAGGAUUUGAAAGAACCUGAAUCAUCAAAACACUAUUUAUAUUAUAUUAUUGCAUCCAGGAUCUGCAUUUCAGGGUAACAAAUAAGGUUUAUUAGUGGAAGAACAACUUGUAUGAAAACUGAAGUACAUAAUUUCAAAGACAAAUAUCAGUUAUGCUGAUGUUUUUUUUACUUGAUGUUAAUGAUAUCUUAAAAAUUCUUUCAAUGAAAAAGUCUGAUAAAGACCUAUCCUAGUAACAAGAAAACCAUUUAUUGUGUCCAUUAUUAGCGAUGUCUCCAUUGAUGAAGAGAUAUAGUAAGAAAUUAAUGUCCUUCCAAAAAGUAAUUACAUUGUUCAUGUACUAUUUCAAUAAAUGUUCCUGGGUUUGACAAAUUCACUAGCCCUCUAUUCUGGCUAGUGAAUGUUUCUUCUGGAGUAGUGAAAAUGAUCAACUGUAUUACUAUAAUACAUAGGGAACUUUAAAGUAUUUAUACAGAGCUAGUGACUUUCUUAAACAUUUGUCGAAAACUGAAUGUUCUCAAAUUGUCACUGUUCCAACAAAAGAAGUCAAAGAUGUCCUGACAGUUUCAAAAUUCCAUUGGUGACGUUUUUAACUAAUGAACAAAUCUGAUCAAAAUGGAUGACAGUGUGUCAAAUUGACAAUCAUGCUAUUAAUUUACUCUUGGGUCGAUGUGCUCUAAUGGUGUCGUUAAGUAAAACACAUUUUUAUUAUUGACUUGAUUACUUCUACGUGACACCCAAUAGCCGCUGUAUUUUUCGUGCUGGGGUGUUGUUAAACAUAUAUUCUAUUCUAGUGAUUACUUCUACGUGUUCUAUCUGGCAGCUGACAUUGAGUAUUAAUUUGUGAUGGUUUAUUAAUGAAGACGGACAAUUCCACGGUUCUGAAUGUUUGCUCAUGGUAAUGGAAGACAUUGCAGUCUGACCGUGACAUUGAACGAUGAAGUGCAGUCAUUUAGGUAUCUUCCUUUUCAUUCAUUGUGUUGUAUAUCUAACCCCAAGUAAUGAAAUUAAUAUUGAAUUGUUGGUUGUGUUGUUCAUUUGUAGUCUGCAUGAUAAUGGCAUUAAAAAUUGUGUAUUCUGUUACCACUAAAGGCUAAGCCACACGACACAAGUGCCUUAUACAAGAGUAGCUGAUUUCAUACUAUCAUAGCAACCGAUGAAAUCUUUAAAGUCUUAUCACAAUUGGAUAUUCUCAUAUGAGGUACUCAUAUUGUGUGGUUUCGCCUUAACUGAUGAAAAUAAAGAGAGUAAAAAUUGCAUUUAAUUUUUACAUUAUGAAAUCUC